AUGAGCCUGACCAACCCGCCCUCCUCCGGCUCCCUCUCUGCCCGCUCACGGCCGCCCGCGCAAUCGCUCAAAAGAAGCUUGCAGGCCACUGUCGAUGAGGCCAUCGAUUCCAGGAGAUCCGCAGGAGGGGGCUAUACCAGCAAAGUCCGCGUACGAGACAGGUAUCACAUCGUCGGGUUCAUCAGCAGCGGAACCUAUGGGCGGGUGUAUAAGGCCGUCGGCAAAAAUGGCCAGAAGGGAGAGUUUGCAAUUAAAAAAUUCAAGCCGGACAAGGAGGGCGAGUCGAUCCAGUACACCGGUCUGUCGCAGUCCGCCAUCCGCGAAAUGGCUCUCUGCACCGAACUAUCGCAUGCAAACGUCGUACAACUGGAGGAAAUCAUCUUGGAGGACAAAUGCAUAUUCAUGGUGUUCGAGUAUACCGAGCACGACUUGCUACAAAUUAUCCAUCACCACACACAACCUCAAAGGCACGCUAUCCCGGCGGUCAUGGUCCGAUCAAUUCUUUUCCAGCUAUUGAAUGGAUUGCUAUACCUCCACACAAACUGGGUCCUCCAUCGCGAUCUAAAACCGGCCAACAUCCUCGUCACCUCGAGCGGAGCCAUCCGGAUCGGCGAUUUGGGUCUCGCGCGACUAUUCUACAAACCCCUCAACUCUCUCUUCUCUGGUGACAAGGUCGUCGUCACAAUCUGGUACCGCGCACCCGAGCUGCUGCUGGGCAGUCGACACUAUACCCCAGCAGUUGACAUGUGGGCCGUUGGCUGCAUUUUCGCCGAGCUCCUCUCCCUCCGCCCAAUCUUCAAAGGCGAGGAGGCGAAAAUGGACAGCAAGAAGACCGUCCCAUUCCAACGGAACCAGAUGAUGAAGAUCGUCGAGAUCCUAGGCCUUCCCCGCAAAGAGACCUGGCCGGGCCUCGUCUCGAUGCCCGAAUAUUCACAGCUCCAGUCCCUGGUGCUCCACCGCCAACCAGCCCAUUUCCAUCGCGGCUCCAACCUCGAGGGCUGGUUCCAGAGUUGCAUGAAGAAUGGCGGGUACUCUUCCAGCUCCAACACUGGAACUCCGGGUACAGACGGGUUCGACCUACUGUCCCGCAUGCUGGAAUACGAUCCGACAAAGCGGAUCACCGCCCAAGAAGCACUCGAGCACCCCUAUUUCGCGAAUGGCGGACCCAUCAGUGCGAACUGUUUCGAUGGGGUCGAGGGCAAGUAUCCCCAUCGCCGGGUUACGCAGGACGACAAUGAUAUUCGCACGGGCAGUCUUCCCGGUACGAAGCGGAGUGGGCUGCCGGAUGACUCGUUGAUAGGGAGGGCGUCGAAACGGCUAAAGGAGUGA